AUGACUUAUUUCUCUAAAGAGGAAGAGAGGCCAAAGCGUAUCGGCUUAGUUUCUGGUCAUUUGGUAAUCAAUUGUGGGAGGGAAGAAGGUAAUUCUCGAAUCUACAAUGACUAUUUUUCUGAUAAUCCCACAUACGGUGCAAAUUUAUUUCAUAGAAGAUUCCAAAUACAAAGGAGUCUUUUCCUUCAUAUCGUCGACACUGUACGAGAGCACGACAACUAUUUCGUACAAAAGGUAGAUGGUGUCGGCCAGCUUGGACUGUCUACUUUACAAAAAGUAACAACAGCAUUUCGCAUGUUGGCGUAUGGAGCAUCAACAGAUAGUACUAAAGAAUAUGUAAGGAUUGAUGAGUCAACUAUAAUUGAAUGUUUGAAGAGAUUUUGCAGAGCAAUUGUAAAAGUGUAUGAAGAUGAAUAUCUUAGAUCCCCCAAUACUGACGAUGUUGCAAGACUGUUACAAAAAGGUGAAGAACGAGGUUUCCUAGGAAUAUUGGGAAGUCUAGACUGUAUGCAUUGGAAAUGGAAAAACUGUCCACCAGCAUGGGUGGGACAAUACUGA